GAGGACGCAGGGUAUAGGAGAGACGCUGUGGGCAGAGCUCCUCACCGUAGAGAUGGUGGUCGGUCAGAGGGCGUCUUGAAGAGACUCUCCAAACUGGCUGCGUAAAUUGUUUCGCUGAGCUCACGUUUGCGGGCUUACUUUGCGUGUUUUUUCCUGCACUUGGAGGAGAUACGCCGCUGCAGUACUUCGUGCAACAUUUUCCUGGGACUUAUUUUUGUGCAAAACUCCACAGUUGCUGCUUUUAAAAUAGGCUAUUAACAGGAUAAAAAAACGGUUUAUGCGCACGACUUGAGCAGAGGACGCGCUUGGACCGGUUCUUCCCCGCGUGGUGCACUCCUUUGGCGGGCUCCGAUGCAGCUUUUCCCGGCUGUCGCUGGGAUGUUUGAGAGGCGUUGUUCAGUGGUGGGGUGAGUGAAGGGAACCCAGGCUGAAGAAGAAGAAGACAAGCAAGACGAGAGUGGCCACCGGAGAGAGCUCGUGGGACGGAGGCAGAGAGAGUCCGUGCGCGGCGUGGAGGGGAGGAGGAGGAGGAGGAGGAAGAAGAAGAAGGAGAGACAGAGGAGCGGGGAGGAUGGCGGUGGUACUGCUUUCUCUCUGGGUGCUAACGAGUUUCACCUGGGCCAAUCCGCUGCAGGUGUCAGGCAACAGACACUCGGUCUACUGGAACAGCUCCAACAUCCAUUUGCGACGGGAGGGCUACACGAUGCAGGUGAACGUCAACGAUUACCUGGACAUCUACUGCCCCCAUUACAACGACAGCACGCGGAUGGUGGGCACGAGCGAGCAGUACGUCCUCUACAUGGUCAGUUACCGUGGAUACCGAGCGUGUGACCCUCAGCUGGGCUUUAAGAGGUGGGAGUGCAACCGACCCCACGCCCCCCACGCGCCCAUCAAGUUCUCUGAGAAGUUCCAGCGGUACAGCGCCUUCUCCCUGGGCUACGAGUUCAACGUGGGACAAGAGUACUACUACAUAUCCACGCCCACACAUCGCCACGGCCGCAACUGUCUGAGGCUACGAGUCUACGUUUGCUGUUCCACGGCCUCGGAUGCACACGACGAGCCCGAGCCCACAGACGCAGACUAUACGCUCAGACCAGGCCUAAAGAUCGAUGAUAUUGACGACUACAACACGUUCAUACCGAAGUUGGAGAAGAGCGUGAGCGGCAGCAGCCCGUCCCGCGACCGCCUCCUCCUCACGGUCACGAUGCUCCUCCUCGCCGCUCUCUUCGUCUCCUAGCGACGACCCCGCCAUCGGUGUCGCCAUGCCAACUCGCCCCGGGGCGGAGGCAGGUGCAGCGUCUGAGCGCAGGACAGGGGGCGUGGGGGAUGAAAAGAAAGACGAAAGACGAGAGAAAGAAAGAGAGAGAGGGACCAGAAGACCAAAAUGAUUGAAGUUUUCUAAUAGUGUGAAUGUGCGUGUGUGUUGGGUGUGUGAACUGUAAGCCUUAAGGCAGAGACUGACAAAAGCAGAACUGUGUAAUACGCUUAAGUCAGUCAAAACAAGAGUGUGGAAACAGGCCACAAGUCCAGCCUGUUUGAUCCUGCACACAAAGCAUUUAAACGGCAAGAAUGGCGCAGUCGAAACAAAAACAAAAAUAGACAUUCAAAAUCCACCCAUCUAAUUAGUAAUCAUUCAAAGUCUUUUUUUUUCCAUGGAUCCGAUUGGCUGUACGCACUUCAUUAGGGCUAGUUGCCAUAGUUUCUUGCAACAAAACUUCAAACAGAACUAAAGUGAAUCGAAAUGGCCUUUUUGUGUUCAUUUUUGAGGCUGCGGAAAAGGAAGAAGAAGCCCAAUUUAAAGACAUAAGGAACCAGAUGACGAACAGUUCUGGUUUGUGUAUGAUCAAAGUAGCUUUUAGAUGAAAAACACACAUCCCUGGAAGUACAACGCCAGUUUUAGUUGUCAUCUCCGCUCUGCUUUGACAUCCUGUGGGCAUCGUCAAAUCAUCUAAAAAGGAAAGACACGGACUGGACGGGUUCUGGGGCAACAUAUAAAGCAUUUAAUCAACCAAUUGUUUGUGUAAGAGAUUUUAAUGUGCCAUCUUGUUAAAGGUCCUAUAUCAUGUGUUAUACAGGCUUUUUUGAACUAUUUUUGACCACCUUUACAUUAGGACUGUGAAAUUAACUAAAUAAAACCAUGAUUUCAGUUAUUACAGAUACAAAAACGUCGUAAUCGGCAACAAAAAGACUACGGUUCAGAAUGAUAUGAGCACCUAGACAUAUUUUAAAUCCUUAAUGUUUUUAAAUAAUGUCUAAUUCAGUCCUGAUUCCUGAUCGUACAAAACACAUCGCCAGCAAAUCUUUUCUUUCUGCUGUUGUGUUAAUGAGUGAGGUAGUUUAAAUGAGGUUUAAAACAAUAACUGACCACUUCUAAACUGAGAUGCAUCUUGUUGAAGGUAAUUUCAGCUUUGAAGAGAAUGUUGAAGGUGUAAAAAAACAUGAAGGAGCCUUUUCUUCUAGAGUAUGGAUGAUGUCACAAGGUGGAACAGAGUGUUUUCAGAUCAAGAGACACUGACAGUCAUAAAAGAUGACGCAAACAUGCAAACAUACGUGGUCAAAAGCUCAAUAAGUCUCUUUAACAUCAUAUAGGACCUUUAUGUUAUCGUGUUAUCGUUUCUUCUUGUAAUUUCUGAGGUUAUCGAAGCACAUGGCGGAAGGGGACUAGGAGAGGAGCCAUGGAUAUACUCAGCAAUACCGACUUCGCCUUCUCAAAAUACAGAAAAUAAAAGGAAUACUUACGUUUAUUGGGAGCAGAAAGACAUAAACGUUCAUUCAAAGUGGUGUACUGUCAGUGUACUAGACUCUUUCUAUGUGAAAUCACUUCUCACGCCAUGUAAAGUAUGGGUGCACUAUAACGCUACAUGUAUCUGUCCGAAUGAGAAGUUACUAUGUCAUUUGUGCCUGUUAGCAUUUUCACCACCUACAUCUUAUCUGAAAAUAUCAAAAAAUCAAAAACGACAAGAAAAACUUACAGAACUUACGGUGAGGUAGGAGACUCAAACUUCAGUAUAACAACAACAACAACAACUGUACCAUCCGGAUAGCCGUUUCCAUAGCAACUAGCACCUUACCAUGGCUUCCCUUAUCUGGUCACCGACGGACUCCAGUAGGGCCUAGCUAGCUUACCAUAGUAGCUGACGACAAUAACACGAAGGCGAUGGUACUGCUCUUUUGAAUGACUGUGAAAGAAACCCACCGGCAUGUUGAAGAAAAUCUAUUGUAAAUGUUUGAAAAGAAGAAAAAUGACAAAAAGGAUGGUAAAGCUAUUGUGCCGAGAAGGUGGAACGUUGAUGUAAGCAUUUUUGACAAACUUGAAUUGCAGUUUUGUUUGUGGUUGUGUUUUUUAUCUGGUUUGUUUUGUUGCUGUGAUGUAUAUUUGGUUGAACUGAAGGGGGAAAACUGUGGUACUUGGGCUGAGAUACUAUUUGUCGAAUUUCUUUUUUUUUUUUUUUAAGAAGGAAAAAUAUUAUCAUG